AGAGGCAUGCUCUCCACGUCCGUUGCACAACCCAUUGGAUUGGAAGGUGGUUGAACCACGCAGGACGGGGAGCAGCUCGCCCCCUAAGGGAGUGAAGGUUCAGCUCAGGGAUUGUUCCAUCCCUCUCACUCCUGUCUGGUUCAGCCCACCAAUGCUGGAGAUGAUGGACAGUGUCCGUCCAGGCAAUCUUGAUCAGAAGGAGCCCAGUACUUCUGCCAAGGGACCAACGGGGGUCAAGCGUCCUAGGAGCCCUUCUGCUCCAAAGAAGAGCUGUGGAAAUCAGAAGGUGAAGGUGGAGGAGUGGCCUGAACUUCCCAAGGAUGUUUCAGUGGAGGUGGGGGAUUGGCCUGGAGUGCCCAAGGCUGUGGCGGAGGUCCCUGUGGAGCGUCCCCGCAGACGCAUUGUCUUCAAGAAGAGGCGUACUUCUCAGCAGCAGGGUGCAGCUGCAGAUGUUGUGGAGGUGAUGAGUGGACCAUCACCUGUGACCAUUGAAGACUAUCCCCCUCUGCACAGCUCCCCAGACCUCAUCCAAAGUAAGGUCGCUGCGAAUGUUUAUACUUUGCCGGUAACGUUUGAUGCUGGGUCUGUUAGUUCAUGUGAAGAGGAGAUCAUAGUGGUCUCUGAUACAGACAGUGAGGGUUCCAUUUCUUUUGGGUGGACUGAUACUUUGCCAUUACCGGAAGGUUCAGGGUCUGUUGGGGCAGGUGUAGAUGAGGGCACAGUGAUCUCUGAUACAGACAGUGAGGGUUCCAUUUCUUUUGGGUGCUUUGAUACUGUGCCGCGAAGUUUUGGGGUGCGUUCUGUGAGGGGAUCUUUUCAUCAGGGGGAUAAGCGUUUUAAAUAUAGAGGUGUACAGUGUAUGGCAGUAAGUUUGGCUGCCAUGGCUAUGCAUAAGACCAAGAGUGUGUUUUCUUGGCAAUCAAGACAUCUGGACAAGGCUGUUGUUUGUGGUGACAAGAUCUACACAUCUUUGCUUGACAAUAACUUGAUUUGUGGUUGGCACACUAUGCCGUGUAUUCCAGAGUUACCAAAGCAGUUAGAUAGACGUGGCCAUAGUUAUGAUUUUGAGUAUGGCGAUUUUGUGACUGGAGAUGUCAAUGUAGUUGAGGGAGAGUUUAUUGAUGCAGGUGUGUGCACAACUCUCAAGGACGGUUUGGAAAAGAUGUGUAUGGAAUAUGACACAUGCUUUUUCACAUUGUUAUCCCGUACUUGUGGGAUUAUUAGGGAAGGAGAACGGUUUGCUGUUGUUGACUCUCAUGCACGCAGUGCAGAUGGGAUGGUGCAUCCCAAAGGAAAGAGUGUUGUUGUGUAUUUUAGUAGUCUUGAACACUUGAUUCAGCAUGUUAGUUGUUUUGCUGCAGGAUUCAGAGGGACACAGAAGUUGUUUGAGAUUGCUGGUGUUCGUGUCACUGUGAAAGUAGAUGGUGGUGCUAGCCAGUCAUCUUCAGGGAAGAUUGGUGCAAAGCGCAGGACUACUACAAUACCCACUCGUACUUCAAAGAGGGUUAAAAGGAGUGACCCAAUUGAUUCAGAUGUAGCAUUUGUUAGUGAGGUUACAGUUAAGGAGUUGGUGUUUAACCCUGUUCGUAAUGAUGUAGCUCGAACUUUAUGUGACAAAUUACAUGUGGAGUCAGAGAAAGUCGACGAUGUGUUUUCAAUAGUUGGUGUGUUGGGGGCUCCGUGCAAAAAGGACACAAUAGUUGGUGAUGGCAACUGUUUUUUUAGAUCAGUCAGUCAAGCUGUGUGUGGUUCACAAAAGAAUCACAGGAAAAUUAGAUUAGCUGUAGUUAAACAAUUAGAAGACAAUGCUGUAGCCUAUGAGAGCAUUUUGAGAAGUGAGUUCUCGUCAGUGUCAGAAUAUGUCAUUAAGUCAAGGAUGCGUUAUGUCGGCAGUUGGGCGACAGAGGUUGAGAUUCAAGCAGCAGCAGAUUGCUUAGGAGUUUCUAUUUUCACUUACAUGGGUGAUCGCUGGCUUGAAUAUAGUUGUAAGAAUAGCCAGUGUUCCAGUCAGGCAGUGUACUUAGAUAAUGUCAGCGGUAACCACUAUGAGACUGUUGUUUGUGUUCAUCAGCCACAGUCACAGUUUUGUUAUGGUUACUGCAAAGUAGGUGAGGCUACAACAGGCUACAAUUUUAGACAGCACAGUAAAGUAGUGGCACAGCAGGUGGAGCUGUGA